UUUCUCCGGAAAUAAAGCUUUGUAAAAUAGGGCAACACGAUGUGAUUUAACGAGGAAAGUUUCGGUUUCGAUUGUUAUGCUCUUUGACGGGGAUCGAGCCGAUCAAAUCGUUAUUACGUGUGUCAAUGUAUUUCGUCAAUAUGUUGCGAAUGCGUAGGAAAAAGUCCGGAAAAUCUUUCCCCGUUAAAGUCUGUACGCUGGACGCGGAGCUGGAAUUCAGUUUGGAGUGGAGAUCGACGGGAAGGGAUCUGUUUGACUUAGUCUGCCGUACAAUAGGAUUGAGAGAGACCUGGUAUUUUGGACUUCAGUAUGAAGACACUAAAGGUUUCAUAUCCUGGUUAAAAUUAGACAAAAAGGUACAAGAUCAAUGUAUUUCACAACAACCCACAACCCCUUUCAUGUUUCUGGCAAAGUUUUAUCCAGAAGAUGUUGCUGAAGAAUUGGUGCAAGAAGUAACACAGCACUUGUUCUUUCUCCAAGUGAAACAAGCCAUUCUUUCUAUGGACAUUUAUUGUCCACCAGAAGCAUCUGUAUUGUUAGCUUCUUAUGCAGUUCAAGCUAAGUAUGGAGACUAUGAUGAAGUAUCAUACCGUCCAGGAAUGCUUGCUAGUGAAGACUUACUGCCACAAAGAGUUAUUGAUCAGUAUCAGAUGACCCCAGAAAUGUGGGAGGAUAGGAUAAAAAUUUGGUAUGACGAUCAUCGUGGGAUGUCCAGGGAUGAGGCAGAGAUGGAGUACCUUAAAAUUGCUCAAGAUCUCGACAUGUAUGGUGUAAAUUAUUUCCCUAUUAGUAACAAGAAAGAGACUGAUCUUUGGCUGGGAGUAACAGCCCUGGGAUUGAACAUUUACGAGAAGGAGAACAAGCUGGCGCCGAAAACUACUUUCGCGUGGUCGGAGAUACGGCACAUUAGCUUCGAUGACAAGAAGUUCGUAAUAAAACCGGUGGAGAAAGCAUCGCCGAACUUCGUGUUCUUCUCGCAGAAAGUUCGCAUGAAUAAACUGGUAAAAAAACAGUCAGAUGUUGGCAGCUGGGUGAAGGGUUUGAUAGCUUUAGGAUUGGACGAACAUAACAACGACAACGCUGCUCACAUAUUAUUUGUUAAGACCCUGGACCUGUGUAUCGGCAACCACGAUCUGUUUAUGAGGAGACGCAAGACAGAUUCCAUGGAGGUGCAGCAGAUGAAAGCACAGGCCAAAGAAGAAAAGUCAAGGAGGCAAAUUGAAAGAAACAAAUUGGCACGAGAGAAACAACUCAGAGAAGCAGCGGAACGGGAGAAAGCAGCCAUGGAGCAGCGUCUUUUGCAGUAUCAGGAAGAAAUUCGCUUAGCGAACGAGGCACUUAGGAGGUCUGAAGAAACUGCAGACCUUCUAGCAGAGAAAAGUCGCGUAGCAGAAGAAGAAGCGAUGCUACUAAGCCAGAAAGCUUCAGAGGCAGAGCAGGAGAUCACACGUAUACGAUUAAACAACAUGAAAACGGAGGAAGAAAAAGUUCACCUCGAACGGAAAACCAGGGAAGCUGAAUUAUUAACAGAAAGAUUGGUACAAGAGUCAGAAAGAAGAGCUGCAGAGGCUGAAAAAUUAAAGGAUGAGCUGUUACGUGCACGCAUUGCUGAAAAGGAAGCAAAAGAAAAACCUGUGCCAAAUCUGUUUCCAUCGACACAAGUACUUCCCUCGGAUUUACAAGCGGAUCUUCAGACACUGCAAUUAGACACAGAACCUCUACCAGCUGACCUAACCUCUUAUGAUCUAAUCGCUGAUGGAGAUGUGGAUCAGCUCUCGUUAGAAAUUGAGAAAGAAAGAGUAGAUUACUGGGAGAAAAGCAAACACCUGCAAGAACAGUUGAGAGAACUGCGUACGGAAAUAGAGGUUAUGAAGGUCGGGGAAAAACAGUGCGAGUUAGAUCAAUUACACGAAGAACAAGUGCGACUUGGUGAGAACAAGUAUAGUACAUUAAAAAAAGUGAAGUCUGGAUCCACUAAGGCCAGAGUUGCAUUCUUCGAAGAAUUAUAG